AUGGUGUUGGUAACGCUUACAGACGCUCAGAAGGCCAAAUUUCUCGAAAGAUACAGCCAUCUUCCCAAGCCGUUCAUGCCAUGGCAGUUUGACGAGUCAGACCCACGGAAACUCUCAGACUGGAUUUGCGAACUCUACACAUCAAUAAUGCCACUUCGUCACAUCCCCAACCGCUUGUACCUCCGUCGCGGAUACCACUUUCAGCCACCGCGGUUCGAUUUUGGCUGGGCUAUGGACCGUGACACAAUGUAUGAAGUCGCCCAACGCUGCGGCUUCACGCACUGCUUCCAAACUGUUAGGAAACCAUUGCCCGAUGGCCGACCACGGAAGCCAGUGCUCAAUCUGGGUGCAGCGACGGACUUUUUGAAAUCGGCCAUCGAAAAGCAGUUCCCCGAAAUCCUUCGAGAUCUCAAAAACCACCCCAUUCGCAGCCUUACCGGCGGUUUCAAUAUAUUAACCCCCUCUGGUGACAACCACGGCCAAUUAUAUUACAGACCAGAAUUAGAGACACCAUUCAAGAGGGCCAUAAUAAAUUAG